GGUCAACCUCGCUCUCCCUCUUUCAGUCUCAGUUGUGUUGUCAGCUAUUAAGUAUUAAACCCUAAUAAAUUCAAAUUCUUCGCUGCACACUAAACUCUUUCUUUUUUUUUUUUCGCUUAGUUUAGCUCGAUGAGAAGCAGAGUUACUGAAGCCAAGAUUCCAAGCACGAUCUUACUAAUUAGAGCGAAUAGCGAGGUGUCGUGUUCUGGAUUCUUUUAAUAGAAUAAAGAAUUGGGUUUACCUCAGAAUAUGGAAACAAAUCGAUUUCUUUAUCUGGGUAUGAUUCUUCUGCUGCUUAUCGUUGACUUCUCUUUCGUUGAUUCUAAGGCAAAUGUGAGUGCAAAGAAUGACUUAGAUCCACAAUCAAAUAACGUAACUGGUUCGAAUGAGCAAGCAGGUGAAUUGGGAUCAGUUUCAGAUUCUAAUGGAGCUCAUAAAGAAAAGAAAAAUAAAGGAAAUCAACAGAAUAAAUUAAAGGAGAGUAUUGAUGACGGUAAGAAAAAUCAUUAUAAUUCAAGUGGCCAAUCUGGGUCCAAAAAAACAGAUAAUCUGGUAAAUGAUACAAGUAAGUUGAAUGAGAAAUCGCAAGGGGAAAGUGAUGAUAGUAAAAAGAAGACCAUGCCGAAGGAGAGUAGCAGUGGAGAAGAGUCGGGGCAUGGGACAAAAGGUUCUCGUGUUGAACAAUGUGAUCCUUCCAACAAGUGCAUAGAUGAGGAUAACAACUUGGUUGCUUGUUUAAGAGUUCCAGGAAAUGAUCAAUAUUCACUUUUAAUUCAGAAUAAAGGGAAAAACCCUCUCACAGUUACUAUUUCUGCUCCGGAUUUUGUUCAAUUGGAGAAAACAGAAAUUCAGCUCCAAGCAAAAGAAGAUAAAAAGGUGAAGGUCUCUAUUGCAAGUGGAGGAAGUGACAACUUGAUUGUCCUAAAGUCAGGAAAGGGUCACUGCAGCCUGGAUAUAAGACAUUUGAUUGAUAAGGAGUUUGAUAACUCUCAGAAGUCUACGUAUUUAAACUUCAUGUCACCAACUCCUACCAUUGUUGUCUUGGCCAUUGCUGCACUGCUAAUACUGGCAGCAGGUUGGAUGUGCAUCAGCUUCCGGAGGAAGCAACUCUUCAGCAUUAGCUCUAAAUAUCAAAGUCUAAACAUGGAUCUGCCAGUUUCUGGUGGGGGAAAACCAGAAUCUGAAGUCAACAAUGGAUGGGAUAACAGUUGGGGUGAUGAUUGGGAUGAUGAGGAGGCUCCCAAGACACCUUCACUACCUGUUACUCCAAGCCUCUCAUCUAAAGGCCUUGCCUCACGACGAUUGAACAAGGAAGGGUGGAAAGAUUAGCCGACUAUAAGAAAUGGGUUGGGGGACAUCUAUAUAGUUUCCAUUUUUCUCAAACUCUUUUUUCGAGUUUGUUUGAUAGGUAGUCUUUUCAUUUUCUUUUUCCGCAGUGGAUAUAGAUGCUUGGAAUGAAGUUUGACAUUUCUACA